AUGGUCAACGAACGCACGAAGUACUAUGAUUCCAUUCUGCAGCGCAAUCAGCAUUUCGAAAAUAAAAACGCUUGCAAGCUGUUGGACACGUUGGAGUCGGUCAUAAAUUCGGAAGAAAGGUUCCAUGUCGGGGAACCUGGAGGCAAGCUCGGAUUUCUACAAGGCCUGCUGGCAUCUCUCACGAAGAAUGCUCGAGGACCCUCUACCAUGAUUUCCCCGAACUUCACCAAGGAGAACCUUCCCGAAGCCUAUCAAGCAGGUUACGAGUUGUCAGAGGACUUGCAAGUUCACAGAGCCCCUGAAGGGGGCAUUUACCACUUCGACUUCAAGCGGCGAUUGGAUAGAUACCUGGACGGAUCCCAGACCGAGACUGUGACAAUCGCAACAGCGAUCUGGAGACACGACAUCAGAGGACCUUCCAAGCGUGUUAGAAACUUGGAAGAAGCGGAGGCUCGGAUCGCUGAACUUCAAAGCCAAUUCGAACAAAGCCAGCGCGAACUCACAGAGACUCGGAUGAAACUCUCCAUGACUGAGAACAAACUCUCCACGACUCGGGAGGAAUUCUCAGCGUUUCGAGAUCAAUGCAGCCGAGACAACUCAAGACUGACGUCUCUUCUUAAGGGAGCCUACGGAGAGCUGUGGCCCGGUUCGAUUCCAACGGCCCGCUCCAGCGGAUACCCCUGAACGGCUCGUCGAGAGUUGGAUGAACCCGGUUUUCGAUCGUACUGUUUCACAUGGACAAUAUUCUUUGCGCCUUGAAUUUUUCCAAGUAAACGUCUAUAUAUAUUGCUUGCGUUCUUGUACACUUAUGC